AUGGCAGGUUUCGCUACGAAAAUCCUCGUCGUCGCGACGCUCGUCUGUCUGGUUUUCGACGUGAGUAUUUCUCUGUUUUUUUUUUUUUUUCUUUUUGUUCUUUCUCGUUCGACGUAACAACAAUAACAAUACUAUGCAUGUACCUGUCACCGUUACGCGUUACAUAAUUGUAUUAUUCCACCUAUGUAACACGUACCGCCUACAAUAACCGGCGACGUGUUGAACGUAUAUUUACCUAAGGAACCAAAAUCUGUCAACACCACCCAUCCCCAGUACCCUUACUCGUUUUAUUUGAACACACCCGCCCAUACCUGCAAAACCUACCGAUAUCUGUGUAUAUGUUGCGUACGUAUAUUAUGACGCACUUAAUCGAAACUUAUAUACUUAUCGAAAAUCUCCUUUUUUUUUUUUUUUCCAUUAAACUAUUCAUUUGCAAUAUGAUUUAAUGAUUUAUUACACUAUUCAGAAAGAUAUCCGCAGCCGUCUUGUAUUCGCUUGCAAAUUAAGACGGAGCCGUGGCUCGUCGAAAACACUGUCAAUACUACGCCACCGACUAUAUUAUAAUGAAUUAUGCACAUUUGCCGCCGCAUUUAUUACCGUUUGUUUCGCCGACAAUCGAUUGAAAUAUUAUGAUAUGCUUCGCGUUAAUAUUUUCGAUUGUAACAAUAACACAAUAAUCGCACUUGACGUACGAUGUAUAAUAAUACCAUGCCGUAAGCAACGUACUCGCGUACCUGUACGUUUGAAUAGCAAUUUUUCCCGAUGGGCUUUUUUUGUGGAUUGUACACCGUUGAAGACGAAAUUUUUUUUUUUCAUCGUAAAUAUUCUGUACACACAGAUUAUUCGAUUUAAUCCGAACAUUAUCUACAAUACAAACCUACUCGUAGGAUAUUUUUCCCCCGCAGUAUUUCAUAUCGAAUACAAACUACAAAUCGAUUAUUUUCGUGUCCGUUUAUUGUACCUAAACAUAAAACGUAUAAAAUAUGCAACGUUGGUCAAUGCUAUAGGAAAACGUCGGCGUGCUGACACGCUCGCGAUAUCGUCUCUGCGGUGCGAAAACAUUGUCAACGAUCACACUACGUUUUGUUGCGAUUUUUCUCGUCAACCGAACAAAUUAAAUUAAACGUUGUUUUUAUAUAAUAGAAGUAGAUAUCAUAGUUUUUUACAAGCAUACUAAUUACGAGAGUUGCCACGAACAAAUAAUACCAUGUACAAAAAGCCUAUUAUAAUAUUCUACUCUUCUCGCUCUUACGUAAUAUACGUACAACUUUCGAAACUUACUUGUGUCAUAUUCAACUCAGGUACGUUGAAAUAUUGAAAUCUGUAUGCGCAUUAUUUCUACGUCGAUAUUGACUAUUUUACAAACGAAAAUAUUAUAUCGUUUUAGUUAACGUAUUCAGUUGAAUCCAUUUCCCUCCGAAAAUAAGAUACUUUUGUUUCUUCACAGUCAAUUUCCCGCCAAGAAAAACAUAAACAAAAAUUAUUUUCCACAUUCCUCCGAACAUUUUUUUACUGGAUUUUGUUUUAAAACUGAUAUUCCGAUAGUAUUUUGCGAUCUCUAUGAAUACCUAUAAUUUGUCGUUAAGCCUACCACGAAAUUCAUGACUAGUAGGUAGUUUUCCAUGGUGGUAAACGGUUUUCGUUUGCAUUAUUAUCAUUAUUACUUAUAUUUAUUUUUGUGACGUAAAUGCGCGUAAGUGUAACAAAGAUGAAAAAUGUCAUCUCGUUUUUUUUUUCUUUUUAAAUUGAUUUAGUUGAGCCAAGCGGCGCCGGCAGAGAAAGAACAGCUUCAACACGGAACGGAUAGUACGAUUUUUGACACGGCCAAAGAAAAGGUGACCGACUUCGUGCAGACGAUCAAAAAGUCCACGGCUGGAGAGCUGGACAAAGUGCAGGAAUCAAUUAAAGACAAUAAAUCGAAGUUAUCCGACUAUUUUAGCUCCAUAUACACGAAUAUAAAGAACAAGUUCAGCAGCACCAAAACUACCGGCAUCAAUCCGGACGAUCAGAUCAAACAGGAUGCCAUCAAAGCGUUUGACGAGUACGCCGAGAAACAUUCGAAAUAA